CCAGGUUCCAGAUAAGGCCUCACGUCCCCCUAGCAUGCACGUGUCCCUGCAUGCAAAGCCCCCAGCAAGCUGCAGGCAGGCCUGGGCAUCCUCGAAGCCGGGGUAGCCCGGGGCGCGGGGCCCCAGGCGCAGCAGCUCCUUGCAGGGCGGAGGGCGGCGCGAGGGAGGGAGCGAGGGACGGGAAAGGCGAGCGAGCUGCCUCAAAUGCCUGGAAUAAUUCCGCUUCCGUUUGGAAAGCCGCAGCCUCAGUCCCGCCACCGCCCGCCGCGGCCGCCCCAGCUCCAGCUCCGCGUCCCGCCGCCAUGGCCACAUCCCCGCAGAAGUCGCCCUCGGUCCCCAAAUCUCCCACCCCCAAGUCGCCUCCGUCCCGCAAGAAGGAUGACUCGUUCUUGGGGAAACUCGGAGGGACGCUGGCCCGGAGGAAGAAAGCCAAGGAAGUAUCCGAGUUCCAGGAGGAAGGAAUGAACGCCAUCAACCUGCCCCUCAGCCCCAUCCCCUUCGAGCUGGACCCUGAGGACACCAUGCUGGAGGAGAAUGAAGUGCGGACGAUGGUGGAUCCAAACUCACGCAGUGAUCCCAAGCUUCAAGAGCUGAUGAAGGUGCUCAUCGACUGGAUCAAUGACGUGUUGGUGGGGGAGAGAAUCAUUGUGAAGGACCUGGCUGAAGAUCUCUAUGACGGCCAAGUGCUGCAGAAGCUCUUCGAGAAACUGGAGAGUGAGAAGCUCAAUGUGGCAGAGGUUACCCAGUCGGAGAUCGCCCAGAAGCAGAAGCUGCAGACGGUGCUGGAGAAGAUCAACGAGACCCUGAAGCUUCCUCCCAGGAGCAUCAAGUGGAACGUUGACUCCGUUCACGCCAAGAGCCUGGUUGCCAUCCUCCACCUGCUCGUUGCUCUGUCUCAGUAUUUCCGGGCACCAAUCCGACUCCCAGACCAUGUUUCCAUCCAAGUGGUUGUGGUCCAGAAACGAGAAGGGAUCCUCCAGUCUCGACAAAUCCAAGAGGAAAUAACUGGUAACACAGAGGCCCUUUCUGGAAGACAUGAGCGCGAUGCCUUCGACACGCUGUUCGACCAUGCGCCCGACAAGCUCAAUGUGGUGAAGAAGACCCUCAUCACGUUCGUGAACAAGCAUCUGAAUAAACUAAACCUGGAGGUCACAGAACUUGAGACACAGUUUGCAGACGGGGUCUACCUGGUGCUGCUCAUGGGGCUCCUCGAGGGCUACUUCGUGCCCCUGCACAGCUUCUUCCUGACCCCCGACAGCUUUGAACAGAAGGUCCUGAAUGUCUCCUUUGCCUUUGAGCUCAUGCAAGAUGGAGGGCUGGAAAAGCCUAAGCCUAGGCCGGAAGACAUUGUCAACUGUGACCUGAAGUCCACGCUGCGAGUGCUGUACAACCUCUUCACCAAGUACCGGAACGUGGAGUGAGGAUCUGGGCUGCCUCCCGCUGCCCGGCCAUCUCUCGUGCAGGCCAUCUGGACCAGCUUCCCAACUGCCUUGCCCUGCUCGCUCCUGUCUCUUGCUCUACGCUCUCCCACAAGCCCAGUGACCACCCAGACAUAGUGGACGUUAAAAUCAGUAAGGAAGUGUCCACUAAGACUAUCUGAAGGUCCUGGGGACUGAACCAGGAGUGACUUGGGAAAUUGUCCCCAUCCAAAUUCAGGCCCCAGAUGAUCCUACAUUUUCUGUGGGAAUCAGGACAGCCUAGAGACAGUCCUCCAGAGCACAGAAAUAAAAAUCAGAGCUAAUCCCCGCACUAAGGGAGUGAGGUACGUCUCUACUAUGUUCAAGCUCAUAGCUUCACGCCCCCAUUAAAGGAGAUACAUAGAUGAGGAAACUGAGGCCCAGAGAUGCAAAGGUUUGCUACCGAUUAGCAGCUAUUUUUCCUCUCUGGGUAACUUGCUGGUUAAUACCCGGUCGACUGCAUUCCAUUCUGUGUGUGCCCUCACGUGUGUUCAUCCCCUCGCAGAGCCGCCUUAACCUGCACACACCUGCAUCCUCUAGCAGAGAAGACGCUCUGAUCGCAGCCUAGGGCACACCAGGUCAGGGCUGGGUGAUUUCGAACUAAAAUUGCCAAAUUGAAUUUAGCUCAAUUAAUACUGUGUAUGUGUGUGUAGCAGGAACCUCGUCCCUCAAAUCCUUUGUACAGAUGAAAAUUACCCUUAAUUCCUUCAGAUUGGUAAUAAGCCCACGCUCCGGUUGCAGGAUGACAUUUGGGAAGGGUUCUGUUCGGAAUUAAUAGAGUGCCCAUUUUGCAGCCUUUUUGCUUGAUUGCAUGUAAUGGAUGUGCCCUAUAUUUUCCUGCAAAAUAAGUACGCAAUUCAUUAUCGUUAGGAAAAUGUAGGGUAUAGUUGCGCAUAGCAGAGAGCUGGCCACAGACCCAUUGGAGCAUCACCUGAGAAGUAGGGCUUGUCAACAGGGACCCUUGAACUAAAAAAAAAAAAAAAAAAAAAAAAAAAAAAAAAAAAGACUGCCUUUUUGCCUUCUAAUUGGUCAUUUAGACCAUUCUGGCUAAGUCUGCCCCCACGCAAUUACUGGCUAAUUCUAGGCGCGGAAAAUGUCAGCCAUUUAAACCAAAGCUCAGUAUCUCGUCUCCUCACUCGGGUAACUUAAGGGUUUCUGGUCCCAUAUCUCUUCACUCAGACCUGACUUUGAAGGGUAGAGUUGUGCUGUAGCAGUCUGCACUGAGGCCCUGCAGAGAAAGCAAAGAAGCUGGUGGAUAGAGAAAGGGUCAGAAAAAAAAGUUGGGGUGGGAAGCUAGAAUCCAGAGCUGCGGUACGGCACCUAACUCUCGUGCCUUCAACUGAGAAGGCCAUGGGACAAUGAACUGCACCACUGCUGUCUUCUCACGGCUCUCAGUGUGACAGGGAGAUGCCAGCUUGGGUUGCCUCCUCCAGAAGUGUCUAACUACCUUGUCCUUGUCUUAGCUACGUCUCUCACUGGAACAAAAUCUUCUGAUAAAAGCAACUUCAGGGAAGAAGGGCCUAUUUCGGCUCAUGGUAUAAAGGCACACAGCCUGUCAUGGAGGGCAAAGCAUGGCAGCAGGAGACGCCAUGGCAGCCAGGACCCCUCACCUCGCAUGUUGUCAGAGUGAGGAGAGAACACACAAGGAGUGGGGCUGAGUUAUCAGACCCCAAGGCCCUUCUCCAGCGAGGCUCCACCUUUUGAAGGUCUCACAAUUUCUCACAACAGUGCCACCAGCUGAGGACCAAGUGUUCAAAAUGAGACACUUCCCACGUGCCAACUGAAACAUCUGGUGAAGCCCUCCAUAAUUUGAGGACUCGCUAAGAUGGCUUCCUAGACUCUGGCCUCCCUGCUGUUCAUGGCAUUCCCAGAGUGCUCUUGUCUCUUUUUGUACUGACCAUCCAGGGCAGCUCAGAACCCAGAGUGUUUAGAUCCACUGUGCCUCUCCCCAACUCUUUGUUCUAGGAAUUGUUGCUCAGCACUGUGAGCAUCUAAGAUGUGAAGGCAAUGUACUGUCUAAUGUCGAUCUGUGUACAAGACCAGAAUUCUUCUAUGCAUAAUUAAUGAACUAUCGUAUUUUUCAUUAGCUUUAUUGCUGGUCUCAUGCUCCUUUAAAUUCCUGGUAGUAAACUGAUAUGAAUGACGGCUUGGUGUCUGUGAGCAGCACUGACGUAGGACGAAGUAAGGCCUGCAUCUGCUUGAACGUGCUUUGCUGUCAGGAUUGGGCCUUGUUCCUGGUACUCAAGCUGUUAGUACACAGUAUUCUUCCUAAGGGCACUCCUUUGGGGUUUUAUAUUAUCUGCAGAAGGAAACCACAUCAGAACUCGGAAACUUUCUUAAUAGCAUGUCAGUGUACCCAACAACUGGGUGUCAGGACUACAGUCUUUGCCUCAGUCCUGUGCUCAAGGCCUAUGCCUGGUUUUAUAACCCUGUUGUCUCAUGGAGAUGGGUGUUUUCCUUUAGAUUCUAGGAUCUCGUACUUAAGACACAGGCCUGGUUUUGAAGAAGAGACAUUGUCAAUAUUAGUAAUCAAACAGCUUUCAUCUCCUAAAAUAAAAGGGGGGGGGGGGAGAAGAAACUGAGACAAGAAUCAUUCUGGCUCACAGUCUGGGGGUACAGGGUCGGGGUGGUGGAAGGCUUGGCUGCAGGAGUGAGGCACUGGCUGCGUCUGCAGAUGGGAAGCAGAGAGAGGUGAAGGCCGGUGCUCAGCCUACUGGCUUUUCAUUCAGUCUGGAAGUCCAGCCUAGGGAAUGGCGCCCCCACGCUCGGGUGAGUCUUUCCCCUCUCAGCUAAUCAUUGUUGUUUUUAAUAACUGAUACAUGAGUAACACAGAACUCCAGAAACAGGAGUGAUGUGUGAUUAAAACCCUAAGUGUCCGUCUCUACCUAUCCUUGGAGAUGACUCUCCAUCCAUAUCUUCUGCAUGAUUCCAGAAAGACUCUGUGCAAAUAAAGCCUGAAUGUACGUGCAAAA